UGAGCGGACGUCUUCGUAGAGUUGGCGCGUGCGUGCGUAUGGCUUGGUUGCGGUUUUGUGGUUUUUCCAUUCGAUCGGCCUGAAUGGAAAUUCUUGGACUUAUUUUGGUUGCGUAUUGCGCUCGUUUCGCUGGUGAUCCUUUUUUGGGUAAUGGAGCGGAGGGAGUUGUUGCCUUGAAUUAUCCCCGCUCGUGACGUGACGGCUGAGGAAAGUGAAGCUUUACCGCGACGGCUCGUUACCGUAAAAUUACUUGUCGCGGUGUAUUUAAAUAGACUUUAGUGUCGGUACGCACUCAAAGAGGACACCUUUUGGACCUUUUUUUUUGCGCGGUCGGUCGGUCGUCGAACAGCUUGAAAUAAUACGGUGUUAAUAUGUCAACGGUUUUUGCAGUGGCGGCGGCAACGAGUUGACAGAGUGGUCGUUGGCCGUUGAGUCGAUGCCAAUCGGCUAAUUACGCGCGUAUAAGCUGAAUGCAACAACAAAAAUAAAGCAACGACCAUUCAGAAAAUUCUACAUCGCAGAACUCGCAGAUCUACGCGUUGAAGCGCCGUGUGACUUUGGGUUGAAAGUGAUCCUUUGAAGUGUUUAGCCAAAGCCGAAAUCGGUGAAGAUCCGUGUGAAACUCCCGAUCUCUGAAAGUGCAGUGCAAUAAAAUUUUCGGGAAAAAAUAACAACCCAGAAGAGUGCAAAUUGGGCGCACCAAAGCCGAAGAGGUUCGAGAAGUGGUGCAUUAAGGUGCCGAAGAGUAAUCACCAAGGUGAACGAAAAAGGAAGAGUGCAGAGUUGCAAAGCUUGAAAAAAAGGAUGCGGUGAACCACGUGAAGCACAGUGCUUCUCCAAAAAGUGCAGUUUCAUUUCGCGUUGAAGGUGGUGUUCGAUUGGGGUGACUACUUCCAGAAGUGUUGAGAGUGAGAUUGGGUUGAACUCUUUUUUCCUUAUUGAGUGGAGUGUGGAGAGUUGACACGGCGACAACCGAUGACUGAUUGGGGAUAUUGUGAGUGCGGAUCGAGUUGGACGAAAAUGGCAGCAUCAUCCACGACUGGGUGUCCCAAACUGACCGCCCAGCGAUAGCCGGGUCAUCGCAGCUGUUUUCGGCUGCAAGGUCUAGAUGUUGCAGGCUCCUACUUCCUGGAUAUAGAGAGAUAACCUAGUUGAAGUGUUGUUGGGAAAGUCUUCGGAACAACUGAAGCAAAUGCAAAAAAGACGGAAAAGGCAAUGUUUGCAUAAAUCAUGAUAAAGUGAAGACAAAAGAAUAGUUGGGUUUGAAGUCGAAGUCUCGAAGGAAUCAAAGUUUAUCACAGCAGAAGUGGACGAGGGAAAGAGGGAGUUGAGUGAUUUGGAAGCUGGAGUGUGUGGCCGGAUAAGGUCGGGGAAGUGAAUUCACGGAAAAAAACGAAAAUGUGGUCAAUUAGUGACCUAGUGAUGGCCCUGCUGGGCACGUGCUGCCUGUUGGCGGUCGGCACCAGUGGUCGACUCGGCCGGGACGACUUGGACGUCGAAGAGUUUCGCGACGAGUUGGACGGUUAUCAGCGAGAUGGAUUCUACACUGCCGGGUCGUCAGACUCGGAAGAAGUUCGGCAUCCGAUGCGCCAUCGAAACGGCCGCAUGCGGAUGGGUCAGCUGCGGCGAGGUGCCGGAGGACAUCGGCCGCGACACUCCAAGCACGAUCUGAAGCUGCUGUCCGGACUCACUUCGUCGUCGCCCGGCGAUUUGGACUACGGCUUCCAGAAGGCGACCGGGAUGUGGCCGUCCUUUUUCAACGUGGCCAUGCGUGCGACCAUUUCGGUGAAUGCGACCUGCGGCCAACACGGCCGAGAAGAGUACUGUCGCCUGCAGGAUCCUCAAAGUCCAAGAUCGCGAUCGUCCCAGUGUGGCAUAUGCGAUGCCAACAAUUCGGACCUGGAAAAGCGGCACCCCAUCACGAACAUCGUGGACGGAACGAGCAACUGGUGGCAGAGUCCGACGCUGCACAAGGCGAGCAAGAACGAUCGUGUGACCAUUUCGAUCGAUCUGGGACAGGUCUACCAGGUUGUGUUCUUCACGAUGCGUGCCGCAAUUUCUCCGCUACCAGCGGCCUGGGUCCUGGAAAAGUCCACCGACGGCAAGGUGUACCACGCCUGGCAGUACUUUGCCGCCGAUGACGACGAAUGUCGCGAGCGGUUCGGACUGGCGGCCCACAGCGCAAACUACAUCUUCAAGAACGACUCCGAAGUGAUAUGCUCGACCCAGUUCUCCGCCGUAGAUCCGCUCGAGAAUGGUGAAAUCAACCUGUCGCUGAUCACCGGGAGACCCUCGGAGAAAACCACCUCCCAAGAACUGCUCAACUUCACGCUGGCCCGCUACGUUCGAAUCCGCCUGGUGCGUAUGCACACCGCAGUGCACCGCGAGGGCGUUAUUGGUGAGGGGGUUGUGGACGCGCAGGCGCAAGCAAAGCGAAGUUUCUACACGAUCCGGUCGUUGCGCAUCGGAGGACGGUGCUUUUGCUCGGGUCACGCUGGGAAGUGCAAGGCAAACGAGAAUACCGUUGAAAGUCAGCACCAGCCGCGGUGUGAGUGUAUGCACAACACGUGUGGGCCGCACUGCGAUCGGUGCUGUCCGUUGUACAACCAGAGGCCGUACCGAGUGGGGACGCCAACCGCGGCGAACAAGUGCGAGAAGUGUGAGUGCCACGGCCACGCCACCGAGUGCUACUACGACCGCGCCGUGGACGAGCAGGGCCUCAGCAUGAACAUCCGGGGCAAGCUGAGCGGCGGCGGCGUCUGCCGGAACUGCACCCACUACACGGCCGGCAUCAACUGCGAGCGCUGUCUGGAGGGGUAUUACCGACCGCGGGAUCGCUCACCUAGUGCGGUGGAACCGUGCCUGGCGUGUGACUGCGAUCCGGUGGGAUCUACGGGGGCUUGUGCUCCGGUUGGUGGAGAGUGCGUCUGUCGGGAGGGGUUUGCUGGGCCGCGAUGUUCGGAGUGUGCUCCGGGGUAUAAUGGGGAAGGUUGUGUCAAGUGUGCUUGUGACGUGAAGGGGACGGUGGCUGGUGGGGAGUGUGAGGAGCACUGUCAGUGCAAGUUGCACGUGGAGGGGGAACGGUGUGAUCGGUGCGUUGACGGGUACUUUGGGUUGAGUGGCUUGAAUCCGGAAGGUUGUAUGAAGUGCUUUUGUUCGGGGGUUGGGCAGAGCUGCUCGAGUAGUGGGUUGAAGAUGAAGAGUUAUGGGACGCUGGAUGGUUGGAGCGUGACGGAUAUCUCCAAGUCUGAGGUGGCGUAUCCAACGAGGGAUAAUGAGACCGGGUUCAUGGUGUUCGGGAUGUUCGAGUUGUCGGAAACGGAAGCAGUGUACUGGUCGGCGCCGGAGGUUUAUUUGGGGAACCGAUUGCACAGUUAUGGGUCUAGUUUGAGCUUUAAGAUGUCCUGGGUUAUUGUGCGCGGUGAUACGAGCGGGAAGCCGACGACGGGACCGAGCUUAAUCUUGUUUGGAAAGAAUGGGAUGAAGAUCGCGUAUGGGGACGAAACGUUCACGGGGCCGUCGAACGCCACGAUUGAGGUUAUGCUGAAGGAAGAUAACUGGUACCAUGUGCCGAAGAGUGUGAAGGAUAUCGUGACGCGGUUGAGGAGGACGGAAUACCAUGGGGAUCCGGUGACGCGGUUUCAGUUCAUGUCGGUGCUGGCGAACGUGGAGAGUGUUCUGUUGAGGGGAACCUAUCACACCGAUCAGGUUGAGAGUGUGCUGGAGUGUGCUACUUUGUACGAAGGAAGUGUAUUGAGUGGGGAAUCGUUCAGUGAAAGUUUGGUAGAGCAGUGCGAUUGCCCGUCAGGUUAUUCCGGAUCUUCCUGUGAACGGUGCGGGUUUGGUCAUGUACGGAUCUUCGAAAACACGAUCACCCACGAGAACGUGGCCAAGUGUAUUCCGUGUACGAUGUGCAACGGGCACGCCGAGAGUUGUGAUUUGGAAAGUGGGGAGUGUGGCGCGUGUCAUCACAAUACGUUCGGCGAAACUUGCGAACGAUGUUUGCCGGGAUUCUACGGGAAUGCGCUGGAGGGGAGGCAGGACGAUUGCAAGAAGUGUGCGUGUCCGUUGGAGGAUCCGGAGAACAACUUUUCACCGAGCUGUCAGCUGCGGGGUGUCAACUCGAGCGAAUACGUCUGCACGCAGUGCCCGGAAGGGUUUACCGGGGAUCAUUGUGAAAUCUGCGACGACGGCUACUACGGCAACCCGUCGGAGCCGGGCGGCAGCUGUCUGCCCUGUCCGUGCCACGGCGGACCGUGUGACGGCCGGUCGGGCGAGUGCAUCGAUUGCGUCGGCAACACCGAGGGGUGGCGCUGCGAGCGCUGCAAGAGCGGCUACUGGGGCCUGCCGGACGAUGGCUGCGAGCCGUGCAGCUGCGCCGAGGUCGGUGCGCUGGAGAACGUGUGCGACGUGAUAACGGGCCAGUGCAUCUGCAAGCCGCGGUACGGUGGCCGCCGGUGUGACGAGUGUGAUAGCGGUUACGGUAACCUGGACCUGGAGUGUCCCCCGUGUGAGUGCAACGUCAAUGGUUCGUCCAGUGAGGUCUGUCACAAAGUGAGUGGCCAUUGUGAGUGCAAGGCGGGUACCGAGGGCGCCAAGUGUGACCGCUGCGCGGAAGAAUUCUUCGGCCUGUCGGAGGAGUUCCCGGACGGUUGCGAAGCCUGCAACUGCCACGUCCAGGGAUCGCUGAAUCGAAUCUGCAACCAGCAGCGGGGCCUCUGCGUGUGCAAACCCUUUGUGGAGGGUCGGCAGUGCAACCGGUGCGUGGCCGGCUACUGGAAUCUGGAGUCCGGCGUGGGCUGCAUCCAGUGUACGUGCGAUCCCAGCGGGAGCGUCCACCAGGAGUGCGACGCGUUUAGCGGCCAGUGCUACUGCAAGCCAGGGGUGGAAGGGCCGAGCUGCGAUCGAUGUCAACCAGGGUAUUACGGAUUCUCUAGUCAGGGGUGUAAGAGAUGCGAGCAGUGCGCGAGUCCGUCUUACGUGUGCGAUCCGGACACGGGUCGGUGCAUGUGCCCGCCAAACAGUCACGGCCACGAGUGUCGAUCAUGUGUGGCGAAUACCUGGGGUAAUGUGUUUCAGCGUGGCUGUCAGAACUGUGAGUGCGACAUUGCAGGAUCGAUUGGGCAAUCAUGCAACGCUCAAACGGGGCAGUGCAACUGCAAGGAAGGGUUCACCGGUCGGCAGUGUAACGAGUGUGCUGCCGGGUAUUACGGAUAUCCAAACUGCCAGAGGUGUGGGUGUGACGAGCGGGGAUCGAUUCCGCGUCCCGAUGGAAGCUUUGAUUGUGACGAACAUGGGCAGUGCCUGUGCAAAUCGAUGGUGUUUGGACGGCAGUGUGAUCAGUGCAAGUCUGCGACGUUUGGACUUGCGGCGAUCAAUCCGGACGGUUGCACCAGGUGCUUCUGCUUUGGACGAUCGCAGGACUGCGAGCAGAGCGAGUUCUCGUGGGGACAGAUCCGACUGCAGGGCUCGCGGAAUCUCAGCGUAGAGUACGUGGUGAAGGACGAGGACGACUUCGACUUUGAUUACGUUGUAGUGAUCCAGCUCGAAGGAACCAAAACUUAUCGUGAAGACGCGGAAAUCAAGAACAUGAACAACCUGGAUUUGAUUCCAAGCUCUACCGGAAACGUUUCGAUAGGCGCAUACAGCGCUUUCCAGUACCCGCUGUACUUCCAACUUCCUCCGCAAUUCCUUGGAGAUCGCACGACCAGUUACGGAGGUCUCCUGAACUACACUCUAGUCACGGUGGGAGCCUUCCAGAACAUCCCGGAAGCAUCACUUCGUCAGUUCCCUAUGGUGCAACUGCACACGCAUGAUGAACUUGUGCUGGAUUACUACGAGGAUCGGAUUGUGUACGACAAGGAGGUUAACCGGUACUCGGCUAGGUUGCACGAGAGCCUCUGGAAGAACCACUACGAUGGUCAACACAUCACGCGUGCCAUUCUGAUGGUGGCACUGCAGAACGUGAGGCAUAUCUUUGUCAGAGGAACGAUUACCACCGACUUUCGACAAGUUGUGCUCACCAACGUCACCCUGGAUGCGGGAAUCUUCGUCGCGGGUGCAGAGAACAACCGUGCCUACGGAAUCGAACGCUGCAACUGCCCGGCCCAGUACGGUGGCCUUUCCUGCCAGGACCCCGGCCCGGGUCACUACCGAUUCAAGCCACGCCUCCCGAACAAGGAACCGGAAACGAUCGACGAUUACGUGGGCAAAUCGCUGCCCUGCGACUGUAACGGUCGUAGCGAGGAGUGCCAUCCCGAGACGGGCCAUUGCUUGAAUUGUCGCAACAACACCGGCGGAGAUAGCUGCCAGAACUGCGCGGAAGGAUUCUUCGGCAACCCGAACUACGGCUCGUGCGAGGCGUGUCCGUGUCCGGAGACGCGCAAGAACUUUGCCAAGGGAUGCCACGUGAAGGGUAGCGAGGUCAGCUGCAUCUGCAAGCCCGGCUAUGCCGGGAAGUUGUGCGAGCGGUGCGUGAAGGGUUAUUACGGCUUUCCGGAGCUGGAGGACGGGCGGUGCGAGUACUGUGACUGCAAUCGAGAGGGGAGUUUGUCGGAUGAGUGCGAGACGAAGAGUGGCCAGUGCCAGUGCAAGCCGGGGAUCACGGGGAAGCGGUGCGAUCGCUGCGAGCAGCCGAAGCACAUCGUGCAGGGGUACAAGUGUAAACCCUGUGACAACUGCACGGUGAUACUGAUCGAUGAUCUGAACGAGUUGACGUGGAAGUUGGAUCGCGACACGACACACAUUGAUAAGGAUGGCAUUCCUGCGCCCUGGAUCGAGCUGGAAAAGUUCGAACGCGAAGCGGAAGAGCUCGGCUACGCCGUAGGUCAGCUGCUGGACGUAAAGGAUCGGCUGGUCAACUUUGACAACUCGCUGCUGGAUAGCAUGAAACGCAACUCAACCCGCCUUAACAAACGUCUCAACAAAAUCUCCAACCGCGCCGACGACUUCCGCGACAACGCCGUCAUCAAAACGCUGGAUCGCUCGAUCGCCCUGCGGGACGACAUCGGCGAACUUAAAAAUGACGUUCGUUCGACGAUCGAGGUGCUGAACAACUACGGCACCGGCGAUCAUCACAUCAAGCUGCCGAUCGCGGUCAAGGAAGCGGACGAACUGCUGGCGGACAUCAAGUUCAAGUACGGCCAGAGUAAGCCGAACCCGGAGGUGCUGGAGUGUUCGCUGCGACAGUACGAUCAUUGGAGCAACGUUUCGGAGGUGGUGAAGCGUCAGGCGGAUCGGUUGGACGAUUUGAAGUUUGAGUUUGCGACGCUUCGUGGACGGAUGGAUGAUUUCGAUCGGUUGAACCGGGAGGUGUUUAACAACGCAACGCUGACGGAGAGCUUUACGAGUAUGAACAGGAGGAAGUUGGCGGAGUUGGAGCGGAAGUUUCAGCAAGCGGACGAAAUGGUCGACGAGAUGCAGGUGUUUCUGGAUGAGGAUAUCCUGGCAGAUAGUGCGGUUAAAUACGAGCAGAUCAUCGAUAACUACAAGCAGCUGGAGCAGAAUCGGGAGAAUUUGAAGUGGCUGAACGAUGCUUUGGAAGAUACGAUCAAGGAGUUUGACAGAAGAUUUGAAGAGUUGAUGCAGGAUGUGGUGCCGAAGGCUAUUGCACGUGGUCAUCAACUUAAAGAGGAAGCCGAUGAAUAUCAGCGGAAGUUCAAGCACACGGAAGACGGCGCUGCAAACGCAUUGAAAGCAAGCUUGGCGUACGACAACAUAAUUAAAGCGAUUGUCUCCGCCCAAGAGUUGGCAGAUAUCGCGACGGAUAGCGCUAAGGCAGCCAACAUCAAGGUUCACCCACUAGGAGGAAUUUCGGUAGCUGAAAGAAGCGAACACUCGCUGAAUGUCUCCUCAAACAUUGAGAAGAAGGCAAACAAGGAGUUGGAGAAGGCUCGCGAACUGGAAGAAAUCCUAAUCGGCAAGGAAAAGAAGGUCGAAAGUCUGCAGUAUCAACUGCGGCUAGCCGGAGUCGACAACAACAAGGUGAUGGAAGAGCAAGGUCAGAUCAACCGAGGGGAAGCCAUGAAGAAGCUGCAAGGAACGCUCGAUCAGGCCAACAUCGUAUCCAACCAGAUGAAAUUCGUACGAGAGGAAGCCGUCGGCUUGAACAGUGACGUGUACAAACUCAAACUCAAGCUGGCCAAACUGGAACCGGAGUGGGACACCAAGUUUGGCAUGGCGGAAGAAAACGUCUCCCAAUCGCUGGGAAACAUUCUGAACGCCAAAAAGGAGCUCAACGGAGUGGAGAAGCUGGCGCGAACGCAGAGCGAAAAGUUCCAGGCGUGGAACGCCUCCUUCUCAGCGCAGCUGCAGGAGCUGAAGGAUAAAAUUGCGCGGGCGAAGCACGCAGCUGAAGGGAUCCGCGUCUCCCUCGAGUCCCAAGACGAGUGCAUGCGAUCGUACGCCCCCGUCUCCUACGGCCCAUCCACAACAAACAAAAUCAUGCUCUCGGUCGCCCUCAGCGGUGACAAGCCCAACUCCCCGCUGGUCUUCAUCCAGGGCGAGGAACGGCGCUUCAUCGCGGUAGAAAUGGUCAAACGGCGCAUUCGGCUAGUGUGGAACCUGGGCGACGAAGUCGUCGUCAUCACCCACCCAACCGAAAUCAAACCACGUGACCCGAAGUACGAUGACGCGUGGUACUUUAUCGAGGCAAACCGAACUUUCAACCUGUGUAAUUUGAACGUACGCCGGAUGACGCACAGCGGAGUGCUGGUGCACGCGAACCCGGUGACGGGAGCGAGCAAUCCCGAACAGUCCAAGCUAACGAUGGGACCGAGCAGCAGGAUUUGGGUGGGUGGAGUUCCGGACGAGCUGAGGGUGCCGCAGCUGCAGGCUGCAGGAGCGGGGUUGGGAGUGAUACUGAGUCAGCUGUACGUGGAUCAGCGGCAGAUUGGGCUGUGGCACUUUACGUCGUCGGUUGGCAGCUGUCAGGGAGCGAUGCUGGGACCACAGGAAAGUUCUGGGACGACGAACGAGCGGCACUUCAACGGGGAUGGGUAUGCAGUGCUGCAAAAGUCGUCGAGCCACAGGAGUAACAAGCAGUUCAGCUUGACGUUGAGCUUUAAGACGUUGGACGAGAACGCGCUGAUCUUCCUGGCGUUGGAUGAGACGAAUAACCGCUCCAUCUCCCUCACUCUGUACCAGGGCCGGCUGGUGUUCCGCGUGGACUACGGUGGCGACUCCAAGCUCGAGAUCAACACCACCAACCGGUACAAUACGGGCCAGUGGGUUGUGGUGGAGGCGGCACGUUCCUUCUCCAAGGGCAGCACCGAAAACGGCAUCCUGAAGGUGGACAACCAGGAGGAACAUCGCGGCGCACCGACCAAGCCGAUCAACUCGGGAAUGCUGCCGAACUUGGGCGUGAAUUACUAUCUGGGUGGGGUGCCGCCGGGUUUCAAGUCGGGCACGACGAAGGCUCCCGGGGCGGAUCACGCGUUUUUGGGUUGCUUGAAGGGAGUUCACAUAACGGGAGUGUCCUAUGAUCCGUUGGACAGUUCGAAGCACUUUGGAAUUGAGGGGUCGUGCGUGGAUACGAUUAAUAGGGCUGGCUUUUACGGGAAUGGUUGGGUGGAGUUCCCGUCGCACAGUUUGAGGAAGAGAGCGAACUUUGGGUUUGUGUUCAGGACGUUGGAGCCGAACUGUUCGCUGCUGGUUUCCGGCUUUCCGUCGAGUCUUUCGAGUGACUUUGAUUCCAAAGAUCUGCGUGGUAACUACUCGGUGUUUUUGUACGAGGGGAAACUGAACCUGUGGGUUGAUUCCGGAGCUGGCCGUGUCGAGUUGGAGUCGAACAACACGCUGAACGAUGGAGAGUAUCACGUGAUCAGUGUUAUCAAACGAGGUAGAACCGUGGAGUUGCGAAUUGACGACGAGUUGCAGGGAUCGAAGGGACUACCGAAGGCGCAAGCCCUCGUGAAUCUUCCUGGAGAAGCUGGAGGACUCUUCUUGGGAGGAGUUCCGGAUGACCCGGCGUUCGACAGCCUGUCGAAGACCUUCUCCGGACUCAAAGGAGUAAUCGCCAACGUGGUGUUCAACAACAGGACCAUUUCCUUUGACCAGGCUCUGAACUUUACCAACGUUCAAAUGGGACGCUCCGGACCGAACAUGGGCUCGCAAGGACUGAACACGAUCCUCAUGAAGACCGAGCCCAUCGGAGGUAGCUUCAAGGCCCCACCGGAAGGCUGCAACCGGGUUGGUAGCUAUUCGUACGAGCCGAACGCGUUCAAGUACGGCGACAAACCGCAGAGCCACUCGAUCGUAACGGUGGCGGCGCGCAACCUGUGGCAGCGGAACUUCAACAUCCAGUUCGACUUCCGGACGUUCUACCCGAACGGGGUGCUGUUUGCGGCGUUGGGCUCCAAAGACAAGGCGAAACACUUCAUCAUGCUGGCUCUGCGGGACGGCACGCUGGCGCUGACGAUUCGGGGCCGCAAGCGGGACCAGCUGCUGCUGCCGGUGAAGCUGAACGACGGCCAGUGGCACCACGUGUCGCUGAACAGCGUCAAGAAGAAGGCCACGCUGAGCGUCCACGUGGGCAACAGUCUCAGCUCGGCCCAGAUCCGACUACCAAAGAAGCUGAACGCGGCGAACAACCUGUUCGUGGGUGGCAUCCCGGACGAGGCGUUGCUGCCGAAGGAGCUGCAACCAAAGCCGGAGGAGUUCAAGGGAUGCCUGCGGAAGUUCUCGGUGAACAACAACACGCAGGAUUUGGCGAGGCCCGGGCGGCAUUUGAACGUGGGCCAGUGCUUCCCGCGGAUCGAGCAGGGUUCUUACUUUCCGGGAGAUGCGUACGCAAUCUAUAAACGCAACUUCAACGUUGGCAAGUUCAUGGACGUAGACCUAGAACUUCGGACGUCGGAGGUCAACGGAAUCCUCAUGAGCGUGGCGGACCCCAUCAACGGCUUCCCAGCCUUUUCGUUGGAAAUAUCCAACGGAAACGUCGUCCUUUCGAUAGACGUCGGCGACGGGUAUCCGAUCCGGGUCCAGAGUACGCUCCCCUCGAACUACACCCUGUGCGACAACCGGUGGCACAACGUGUCGGCGCUGUACGAGGACCACCAGAUUGUGCUGCGGGUGGAUCACUACCCGCCGAACACGCUGCUGGUGCAGUCCAACGACGUGCUGCGGAGGGUGGCCACCAAGGCGCCGCUCUACAUUGGCGGGCUGCCGGACACCGCUCCCAGUGGCACGCUGCUCCUGCGGGAGAACUUCAAAGGUUGCAUCCGCAACGUGGUGAUUCGGAACGAGCGCAAGGACUGGACCGACAUGGACGCGCUGCACAACGUGCUGCUGAGCGAAUGUUUAGCCGUCAACUAGUGAAGCGGACGAUCUUCAUCACAAACACACACACACACAAAACUUGUAAAUAGACUAGAUCAUUGUUCGAAUACGCUUGAACGACACACUUACACUACACACACACCAAUUCACACACUAUGGGAUACCAAAUAAUGUUUAUGUUUCGAGUUGUUUUAUUACUUAGAAAGCUUCGCGAGGCUUUUUCCUUCUUUUUCAAUGUUUCAGUGCUUUGAAUGUUGGUUGCUGCCAGAAUGCGUACAGACCACCGAUUUUAUUCGUUUUUAAUGUAGAAAGAGUGCUUCAGCAGCGCUGCGCAAUGUGUUCUUAGUGGAAGUGUAAAAAUUGCAUUCGAGUCACACAAAUAAACACAGUUGAGUAACUUUAUAAGUAUUUAUUCGGUCGAUUAGUGUAAAGAGAAAAGUACUGCCAAGUUAGCUUAGUAAAUGUAAUUUCUUUAUAGGGCACACUCAAACAAUUCCUGUUGCUUAACAGUAAGAUAACGAAAUCAAUAUGCUGCCAUACAAAUAGUUAACGUAUUUAACAAAUUAUUUAACAAACUUUUUUAACAACUAUGUUCCAACUAAUGUAAAUUAUUCAUCUUCCAUCCUACUUUACGUUGAGACAUUAAAGGUGUAUAGACAAGUAAGUGAAGAGUAUGUAACUAAAUGUUUCUGUGAAAUGAAUCAAAGAAAAAAAUAUAAAUGCUCGUUUAUAAACAAAACUCAAUCUUUAAAAUAUCACACUUUG